AUGGUGCGUUCGUAUUUUAUCGGUGGUAAUUGGAAAUGCAAUGGAACGUUAAAAUCAAUUCAAGAUCUUUGUACGUUACUGAAUAAGAUUGAAAUCAAUCAAAAGACUCUUGAGGUUAUCAUCGCACCUUCGUCUCUCCAUCUUUUCUAUGUCAAGUCUCUAUUGCAAAAUCAUGACAUUGCAAUUUGUGCACAAAAUGUCAGUCUUACAGGUAUUGGGGCAUAUACGGGUGAAAUUGCAGCAGAACAAUUGGUUGAUAUGGGAUUAAAUUGGACCAUCACGGGCCAUUCCGAACGUCGUGCGUAUUAUCAUGAAACCGAUGAAAUUGUUGCACAAAAGACCAAACGUGCACUUGAUGGUGGUCUUCAUGUGAUUUUUUGUAUUGGCGAAUCACUUGAAGAACGACAAGCCAAUGAGACAAUGAAUGUAUUAAUUCGUCAGCUUCAAGCCGUGUGUGAUAUUAUCUCUCAAGAAAAUUGGGCACAUCUUGUCAUUGCCUAUGAACCAGUAUGGGCCAUUGGGACAGGUGUUGUUGCAACUCCUGCUCAAGCACAGGAAGUUCAUCAAGAUUUACGUGCGUGGAUUGCUCAGCAUGUCUCUCGUAAUGUUGCAGAUCGUGUUCGUAUUAUAUAUGGAGGUUCAGUCAAGGGUGAAAACUGCCAUGAACUUAUUGCUCUAGAUGAUGUGGAUGGAUUUCUUGUUGGGGGUGCUGCACUCAAGCCAGAGUUUAAAAACAUCAUUCAAUGUGCUUUGAAGUGA